AUGUCUUGUUUGGUUCUAGAUUGCAACAAGUUGUUGUCAAUUGAUGAUUUGUGUUUGGUAGGACUAUCAAAAGUUUCAAUCUCCAUUGAACCAGAAUUGUCAAAAAAAAUCAACCUCGAUUUGGAAGAUUUCAACACAUCGCUAAAAUGUAAUAAUAUUAACCAUUCGGACUAUUCUUCUGAAAAUAGAGAGUCGUUAAAGUCUAGAAUGAUAUGUUGUAGCAUACUCCAACAAGCACUGAGAUGGAAACCGAGGCCCAAUUCACUGUUAAUAACAAAGCUGGUUAACGCGCUGAACAAAAAUUAUACACUCAGCCAUUUACCAGGGGAAUCACGAAGUUUCGAAGGAGAGUUCCUGUGUUCACACUCAGCAGGAGUGGCGAGAAUGCUGUCGUCAGCAGUAUCAGCAAAGCCAGAGACGAGUAGCCCUUGGGAAGUACUGAAGGGAGAAGUGGGAUUGUCGGAGGAGGAGUUCAAGUGGCUGACGAGCUCGCCCGCCGAGGUUCUCUCGGACCUGGGAAUGCUGGGCACGCUGACGAAGACGCUGACGAACCUGUCGGACCUUAACAUGGGAGCAGUGUGCGAGGCGCUGUCAGUGCCAUACGACUUCCUGCUGCUCCCAGAAGUGCAAAAAAUACCGAACGUGAUGGAAACAGUGAGGAAUCUGCUGUGGCUGACGGAGGACAGUAAAGUGAUACCGAAAAAGGGAGGAGACGAGAACGUGAAGUCGCUGGUGUCGAGUUACCUGGUGCUGAGCGGAGAAUUGAGGCACCAAUCGAGCUUGGUGCUGAAGGAGGUCUCAAAGAUAUUCUCAUCAGUGUGUUCAAAUUUGAUACAAAAGGAUUUACAAAACGCAGUAAACAGAGCGUGGAACAUGUCACUCAAAUCACAAGUGUCAGCACUAUCGCACUCAUUGGAGGAUUUGACAAUGCUGUAUGCAGAGAUACUGGCACUAAUGCUGAAUAAAUACGAAGAUUCGUUUGAGAAGGCACUAGUAAAUCAAGUUGAAGGGUUGCAAAGGACCACCUUAGAAGAGUCGCUAAAAAAGUAUGAGGAGAUUCUGGUGCACCUGAAGCAGAGGCCAUUAGAAAGGAAUAAGGGGCCCUCACUAAGUGCACUGGAACAGUUGUGUGACCUGUUAAACGACUACACGAACAUGGCGCUGUGCGUGUGUCUGAACGUGCUAAACCUGAAGGAGCUGUCGGACUUGAAAGCGAGUGAAAAGAAGGCGAAACAGAAUAAGCAGCAGGGCCAAAAGUCGAUACUAGGCCACGGAAACGAACUGUAUAAAAACUUUGUGGACACUGAGCUGUGCGAAGGAGUUAAGUACUGCGACCACGAAGUGUGGAGUAAAGUGAGCAGGCAGCUUAGAGGAACGAGUGUGCUGAGUUAUGGCAGUAAGCUGGAAGAGCUGCUGGUGCCGCAGAACCAGAAGACGAGGCUGCCGAAGUUGGCAAAGGGGACGCUGGACUUUGGACCGGCAGAAAUGCUGGUACGAAGAGUGGUGAUCAACAAAAUCAAGGACAUAUUUAGACAACACGGAGCAGUGGAAAUAGAAACGCCAGUGUUCGAGCUGAAGGAAACGCUUUUGGGCAAGUACGGAGAGGACCAGAAGCUGAUAUUUGACCUGAAGGACCAAGGAGGAGAGCAGCUGUCAAUGAGGUAUGACCUGACAGUGCCGUUCGCAAGGUUCGUGGCAAUGAAUAAAAUAGAAAAGAUCAAAAGGUUCCACAUAGGAAAGGUAUACAGAAGAGACGAGCCGCAGUUAGCAAGAGGAAGGUACAGAGAGUUCUACCAGUGCGACGUCGACUGGGCAGGAGAGUACUCGAAGAUGGUGCCGGACGCGGAGGUGAUAUUUAUACUCAUCAGAGUCCUGAGAAUGGUCAAGGGAGGAACGUUCCACGUGAAGGUAAACCACCGAGGAAUACUGGACGCGAUACUGCUGGAGUGCGGAGUGGAAGAGUCAAGCCACAGAACGAUCUGCAGCUCAAUAGAUAAGUUAGACAAGCUGCCCUGGGAAAAGGUGAAGCACGAAAUGGUGUACGAAAAAGGACUGCCGGAAAAAACAGCAGAAAAAAUAAGAGAAUUCAUAGAAUUGAAAGGAACAUUUGAGAAGGUAAUAGAGAGCCUGAGAGAACGAGGAAUGGAGUCACUGGAAAGGCCGCUGGAGGAAAUGGAGCUGCUGGCGUCUUACCUGAAGGCGUUCGGAGUGACGGAGGAGGAGGCGGAGUUCGACCUGAGUCUGGCGAGAGGCCUCGACUACUACACAGGAGUCAUCUUCGAAGCAGUGCUGGAAGGCGAGGAGGUGGGCUCAGUGGGAGGAGGAGGAAGGUACGACGGCCUGAUAGGAAUGUUCUCGGGAAAGCAGGUGCCGGCAGUGGGCAUGUCAGUGGGAAUAGAAAGACUCUUCAGAACUAUGCCGAAGCAGGACUCGGGAGACCUGACGGACGUAUUCGUGUGCACAGUGGGCUCGCCGCAAACGUUCGUGGAGAGAAUGAAGCUCUGCAGCGCGCUCUGGAGAGAAGGAAUCAAGGCGGAGUACCUGCACAACACGAACCAGAACCUGAGGAAGCAAAUGGACGCAGCAAUAGACAAAGGCGUGUCAGUCAUAGUGAUCGUGGGAGACUCAGAGCUGGAAAGCAACACAGUGAAGGUCAAGAAAGUAAGUUACAGCGAUCAGGACAGAUCGGAGGAAAUAAGCGUCGAAAGAACUGAGCUGGUCCCGAAAGUCAAGUCGCUGCUCUCCCAACACACGAAGUACGACCAUCUGGUCAAGGCGCUCUUUAAGCAGUGA